AUGCCGGUGAUCAGUGAAUACCCGGACGUAUUUUCGGAGGAGUUGGGGUCACUGCCACCCGAAAGGGAGAUUGCAUUUAAGAUUGAUCUAGUACCCGGAACUACUCCCAUCUCUAAAACCCCUUAUCGAAUGGCACCUGCUGAGCUUAAGGAAUUAAAGGUGCAAUUGCAAGAUUUGCUAGAAUGGGGGUUCAUACAUGAGAGCGAGUUGCCGUGGGGAGCUCCAGUGCUAUUUGUUAAAAAGAAGGACGGGAGUUUACGGUUAUGCAUUGACUAUCGAGGAUUGAAUGCAGCCAACGUUAUAGCAGAUGCUUUAAGUCGAAAGGAUCAAUUAGCAAGCUCCAUGGUGAGAGAGUGGAGCUUGUUAGAAGAUGUAUGUGAGUGGAAACCUCGUCUGGAACCGAAGAAGGUGAUUUUUGGAAAUAUUGAGGUAAAGUCGACAUUGUUAGAUCGAUUUAAAGAGGGCCAAGUGAAGGACCCAAUGGUGCAAAAGUGGGUGAAAAAGGUGAAGAAAGGGGAGUUGUCUAACUUUAACCUAGGUCCUGAUGGAAUCUUAAAGUUUCGAAAUCGUGUCGUUAUACCUAGGGAUGAGGAGUUAAAGAAGGAGGUUUUGGUGGAAUCUCACCGCUCUAGGUCUGUUACAGCCUUUAGAGAUCCCUGA